GGCAAUGUCUGUGUUUUAUUGUCUUCUGCAGGAGCAAAUAAAUGCUGAAAAGAUCAGUACCUGAGUCGACUACUUCCAUGCCCUAAACACAUCUGUUACAUUGGUGCCGUGACCCGGAUCUUCAGAUCAGCUUGAUGCUCGUCGCCGUGGAUGCUGUGCUGACGUCCUGAUCCGCCUUUGUACUCUUCAUGGUCAUAUCAGGUUUUUAAAAGAUUGUGAACUAGGGCAGAGUGUAAAAAAAAAAAAAAAAAAAAAAAAGUCCACUUUUGACAAUCAAGAAUUUUGAAUUCUUGUUUUCUUUUGUUUUUGCUGGGUUUUGGUUCUAAAUACACAACGCAAGUACAUUUAUUGGUUGUAAACGGCCGUUAAAGUAAACAUGGAUGAGUUUGCUAGCCCGAGUCUGCCAAAGGGCAGGGGCACUUGGCUCAGUUAUGUUGCUGACAGUAGGGAUGUGGGACACUCUAAGGUAACACCGGAUAACCGUGAUAGAGCCCAGCUCAGCUCAGAGCCCAGAUUGUACUCCCGUUGGUGGGUUAAUGAGGGGUCCUCUCACGUCUACUCCUAGCAGUGAUGCUGAUGUCAUACACCAUCUCACAGCCAUGGUAGGGCAGUUAGGUGCCCAAAUUGGUGAGUCCAUUGUCGAAAAGUUAAUGUCAGCUGGUGUUGUAAACAUGACCAGUGAGCACCAGACCACUACUGAUCAGACCACACACACUAAUGUUGAUCAACAUGACCGUCCUCCACAGGUGACAGUCCAUGUGAAUUCUGAUAAAGGAUUGCAGACAUUCAGAGGUGACAGUACCGACAAAUACCCAGUCCAGGAUUGGAUUGACAUGACUAAAACACAUCUCAGAAAACGACAGAUUCCUGUUUGUGACCAAGCAGAGGAAGUAAUGAGUCAUUUAAUGGGCAAAGCCAGAGAUGUGGUGAAGAUUUCCUUGCGUAGUGAUCUUGCGCUCGAUGUCGAACCUGAACGGAUAUAUAAUGUUCUCCUCCACUACUUCAGUGUUGCUCCCUCAUGUCUUCCCCUCGCAGAUUCUAUGCUACUUUGCCCAAGCACAGAGAAAACCCAGUUGACUACUGGAUAAGACUGAACAAAGCAGCCGACCUUGCACUUGAGGGUUUGUGCAGACAAGGGAAGCGGACGGAGAACAUGAAUGAUGAAGUGGCUCUCAUGUUUGUCAAGCACUGCCCUGACCCAGAACUGUCCUGCACUCUAAAGUUUAAACUACUUCACGAAUGGACCGCACGGGAUGUUCAGUCGAGGAUUGAUGAUUAUCAGCGUGAGUUGAGGGCUCGGGGCGGCGCCACUGAUACCGUACCACUGAAAAACUACAUCACUGCAGUCGCUUCUGAGCAACCUAGUCAGCCGUUGAGUGAUAGGGCGAUGUCUGCGCAGUACCUUUCUGCGAGCCCUUCAUCUCCCCCUCUCCAGAUUCAGCACCAGCAAGUGUGUCAUCCUAAUCCAGUUCAAGGCGAACCCUGUCAUGAAAGGAAUCUCCCGCAGUCAGAGGAGAGGCUUCUCACUCGUAUGGUCGACAUGUUUCAGGAGAUGAUGGAGAAAAUGCAGCCACGGAACACUUUGCGUCCAACUCUAGGUGGGCGGUUCCAGCAUGUGUCCCAUGAAAAGCGUUCAAGGGAGGCAGUUUGUAAGGUCUGUAAUGAUUCAAGCCACACCACCAUUUCACAUUGUAUGUCUGACCGACUUUGUUUUGCCUGCCACGCCCCCGGCCACACCAAACUAAACUGCACUGCCAAAACCUCAACUCAAUUCCAGACGGAGGGAAACUAGUCGACUUGUAUUCGGAAGGGGGCAAUACAAGUCGCACAACAAACUCCCAAAUAGAUGACAUGUUUGAUGCUGAGACGGUGUACACCUCUGUGAGAGACUCGUGUGAUGAAUCUCAGGUUGUUGUUUUCCAGAAUAUUCACAGAGUUGGCAGUAGUGACAGUCUUUUCUACACACCUGCGGUACUGGGUGGAACGGUUGCAAUAGGUGGCAUUUUGGACAGCGGCUCCAUGGCGUGUAGCAUUAGUGAAACAGCUGAGAUGAAACUGAGAGAUGCUGGAGUGAUAACCGACCAGAAACAGAUAGAUGUCAAUGUAGUCCUUGUGGGAUGUGGGGGACUUCGUGUGAGGCCCAAAUGUGCUUUUGGCGUGGAGAUGGAAGUGUAUGGUUGUAAGAUGUUUGUUCCAACACUCGUUGUCCCGGGACAGCAUGACGAGUUGAUCAUAGGGACAAAUGUUAUAAAAUACAUCCUGCAUCAAUCUAAAUCCUGCGAAUCCUAUUGGAGGACAGUGUCUGGCCCCUGCCCAGACAGAGACCCAGACGCUGAACAUUUCCUGUCUAUGCUCUCGGGUUUGAGUCCAUGGAGAGGUAGUGAUGUACCGGACAAUGUCGGUACAGUCAGGUGUAACUCAGCGACCUGUCUCGAGCCUGGCCGUGAAUAUCUCAUCUGGGGAAAACUACCCAAGAACACUCCUAUUUCACCAGGUAGCACCGUCAUGACAGAGCCCACUUCAUCCCGCUCGGCUCCCGGAGGGGUUCUGGUCGCAAAGAUUGUAACCACACUUUGGGGAGACGGGCAGGUUCCGCUGAAGCUCAUAAAUACAUCUGACAGACCUGUGCUCUUGAGGCGAAAUGCAAAACUAGCUGAUGUUUUUACAUGUGCAGCGCUCGAGGACAUGGAUGUUGUUGAACCGAUAGAGGUGGCCGGAUGCACUCAAUCAGCCAUGCCUCCUAUUACUGAUGCAGGCUCCGCCAAGGAAAAGCUUUGCUCAAUUGGGCUCAGUACUGUUGACGUUGAGUCGUGUGAAGUGUCUGUAAACUGUAAGACGAAGAUGGCUAACCUUGUGAUGCAGUAUGAGGACAUCUUUUCGCGCCAUCAUCUCGAUUGUGGAGAGGCAAAGGACUUUGUACAUCGCAUACACCUGUCAGAUAACAGACCAUUCAGACUCCCAUACAGGAGAGUGCCCCCUGGCCAGUACCAAAAGUUGCGCCAGGUACUAAGCGAGAUGGAGGAAAAGGAGAUCAUCAGAAAGUCAACUAGCGAAUACGCCUCACCGUUGGUGCUUGUGUGGAAGAAGAACGGGGAUCUACGCAUCUGUGCAGAUUUUCGCUGGUUGAAUAAAAGGACACUGAAGGAUGCUCAUCCUCUUCCACACCAGGCAGAUUGUUUAGCAGCGCUGGGGGGGAACUGCCUCUUCAGCACAAUGGAUCUGACUUCCGGCUUUUACAACAUGCCACUCCACGAGGACGACAGGAAGUACUCUGCCUUUACCACCCCCAUGGGUCAGUAUGAGUACAACCGUCUGCCGCAGGGCCUUUGCAACAGUCCCGGGAGCUUUAUGCGCAUGAUGACGAGCAUUUUCGGUGACCAAAACUAUUUGAGUCUCUUAUGCUACUUGGAUGACUUGCUAGUGUUUGCACCUGAUGAGGAGACUGCCUUGCUGCGCCUGGAGAUGGUGUUUAAGAGGCUGCGUAGACACAACUUGAAGUUAUCUCCUAAAAAGUGCUUCUUCCUCAGGAGGUCUGUAAGGUUUCUUAGCCACUUGAUGCGAAUGGUGUUUCAACAGACCCCAGCAAGGUUGAAAGCAUCACUAACAUGGUGAGCACUGACCUCAUGGAGUCUGAUGGUGUGACUCCGUCCCCAAAGCGCAUACGGUCUUUCUUAGGGAUGGUAAAUUACUAUCAACACUUCAUGCCCGGUUACUCUGCUAUGGCCAAGCCGCUGUUCGACCUGUUGAAAGGUGCAAAGAGGAGAGGUAAACAACCCAAAAACAAACUGUCGAGCAGGAAGUUGUGUGUGGCUGAUUGGACACCUGAGCAGGGACAGGCUUUUGAAAGUCUGAAAGCUUCACUGGUCCACAGUGUUGUCUUAGCUCACCCCGAUUUCAACCGUCCCUUCAUGCUGUCAACCGAUGCGUCCUUGGAUGGCAUAGGUGCGGUUUUGUCCCAAAUCCAGGAGGGCGAAACACGGGCCAGACCUAUUGCUUUUGCCGGCAAGUCGUUAUCCCGGUCCCAAAAGAACUACCCAGGUCAUCGGUUGGAGUUUCUAGCCUUGAAGUGGUCAAUCUGCGAAAAGUUCAGUCACUGGCUGAAAGGUCACAAAUUCACUGUCUGGACGGAUAACAACCCGUUGACGCACAUUCUGACAAAGCCGAAGCUAGAUUGUUGUGAGCAACGCUGGGUUGCCAAGUUGGCAAGUUACGACUUUGAUAUCAAGUACGUUCCGGGGCCACAGAACAUAGUAGCUGAUGCCCUGAGUCGUGUGCCGUUCGUCAAGGCGAGUGUUGGUCACAGGCUGCUCGCUGAACCCUAUGCGAGUCUCCUCGCAGAAGUCAAAGACAUGUCAAGUUUCUCUGUCCAAAAUGCUUUUCGGUCAUCCAGUCAUGACAGGGAGCCCUCCCCUUUGAGUAACAAUGCCCAGUCUGCAUGCAGUCCACUGCGUAUGCACAUUCAGUCUGUUGCAAAGGAGGACGUGUCUGCUGUAUUACAGUCACGCGUUGGAUGGGAGGAUGGUCCGAGGUUCCGUGCCCUUGAGGUGUUGCAGCACUUACCUCAGUUGUUUCCUCCUGGACAAGACGCCUUACCUGCUUACACUGUGAAGGACCUCUGUGAUAUGCAGUCCGAAGACAGGACCCUCUCUCGUGUUCUGUCUUACGUUGAGAGACAUCGGAGGCCUUCUAGAAGGGAAAGAUUCAAUGAGUCUGUUCUGGUCACACGGUACCUGAAGCACUGGGAUAGGCUGACCGUGAAGGAUGGCGUGCUGUACAGGACUUCAAGAGAUCAGAAGACCAAAGCAAAGUGCUUUCAAUACAUUGUCCCUGACUCACUGAAGACUGAGGUUCUGCAAGGGAUUCACGAUAGGGCUGGACAUCAAGCUCAGUCCAGGAGUCUGAGCUUGGCGAGACAGAGGUUUUUCUGGCCAAACCUUGACAGAGAUGUAAGAGACUAUGUUCGUCAUUGUCAGCGAUGCAUCGUAAGCAAGACAGUCGAGCCUGAAGGACGGGCCCCGCUGGAGAGUAUAAUGACAACCCGGCCGCUGGAGUUGGUCUGCAUUGACUUUUGGUCGGCUGAAGACUCCAGGAACAGGUCUGUUGACGUUCUGGUGAUAACUGAUCAUUUCACGAGAAUGGCUCAGGCAUUUUCAUGUAAAGACCAGACAGCUAAACAGGUGGCUAGGGUUCUAUGGGACCGGUAUUUCUGUGUCUUUGGAUUCCCAGAAAGAAUCCAUAGUGAUCAGGGUGCUAACUUUGAGAGUCUGCUGAUUGGUGAGCUUCUCAGGAUCUCAGGUGUCAAGAAAUCACACACAACCCCCUAUCACCCAAUGGGGAAUGGGAGUGUGGAACGUUUCAACCGAACCCUGGGUGGUAUGAUUCGAGCACUGCCCCCGGAAGAGAAGGCUGACUGGCCUCGGCGCUUACAGACCUUAACGUUCAUGUACAACUGUACGGAACAUGAGACGACAGGUUACUCCCCAUUCUACCUCAUGUUUGGUCGGAUCCCCUGCCUACCUGUGGAUGUCCUCUUUCGUGCUGUUCUUCAUGACUCUGCUGUGGUGAGCUAUGAGAAGUAUGUGGCCAGUCUCGCCAACGAUCUGAAGGAAUCAAUGGUCAUUGCUCAGGUUCAUGCUACAAAGGAGCAGAAUCGACAUGCCCAGCUGUACAACAGGAGAGUAAAGGGAUCCAAUUUAAACAUGGGUGACAGGGUGCUCCUGGCCAACAGGAAGGAGAGGGGUAAAAAGAAGCUUGCUGACAGGUGGGACUCGACAGUCUACACUGUGGUAGAUGUGAAUACAGAGACACACACAUACAGGAUCCGCGACACAAUCACUGGACGGGAGAAGGUGGUCCACAGGAACUUGCUGAUGCUGGUUAAUUUUCUUCCUGUGGGGGAUACAUGUGACAUAUCAGAUCUGGCCUCAUCCUUGCUCGGUACGGGGUCCUCCGUUUCAGGACAUGAUGGUGGCGAGGCAGAAGAGACCUCGUCUGGGAGAGGGAGGGAGUCUCUCAGUGUGGCUAGUCAAAGCUUUGACACUGAAGGUGACAGUGAGUCCCCUGUGACUGUGACGGACGGACAGGGUCCCUUGACCGAUGCGGUGCCCGUGGAUUCGGAGAGCAGAACCAUUGAAUGGAUUACUCAGUUGUCUGGGCCAAGCCUGGCUGAGGCGUGCAUUGUUGACAUGAGUGUUGCUUCUGAUCCCCAGAACGCAACUAUCUCACUUGAGGGCAGCACCACUGAUCAAUCUGUGACUUGUUAUUCUUGCCCUUCGACUGCUGCGGACGUCUCGACAGAUCUUAGGCAGUCAGACUUUGCACUCGAUACCAUGACACAGACAGAUAACACGUCUGAUUCUUUGCAUACUGUGGUCCAGGUCUCACCCGCACACCCUGGUCGUUUUAAUGCGCAGGUCAGGUCAAGAUUUGGUCGCUUAAUCAAUCCUGUGAAUAGGCUUAUACAGACUAUGUCCAGGCAGGAUGUUGUCCAGGAAUAGCUUGAGGUUGUUACCUUUUAAUACUAUGAGUGGGUGGCUUAUGCCUUUUUAUGGCUGAAAAACGUGUGUUGGUAUAAUGUUUCACUGUCCUUAUUGUUUUUUUGUCAUGAGCCUGUACUGCAUUGCACUUUGUGUUUGGGUCUUGUGGGGUGUACAAGGCACCCUGUUGCCAGUUGUUGGGUUGAGAGGCCUGCGCUGCUCUCAUACCACUUCAUCCUUAUGGGAUACAUUUUUUUUGUUGGUUUUCUGGAUGUUGGCCCUUUGUGAGUUGUCAAUUUGUAAUGUUUUCUAUGGCGUGCAAUCGGUGAUGAGCA